UCAGGUGACUCACCUGUGUAAUGUCGUCGAUUGCUCAGGUUUUUUCGACAUCAGAGAAGUUACUUCUCUGAGGGUUUCAGUUGCAGGUUGAAGGAUCAGAUCGGUCUGGAGAGACUCUGUGGAAGUUUUCAACUAUCUCUCUCGGCGCAUAUCAGGAAGUCAGGGGUGAUCUUUGGAAAUUAUUUGAGUGGAAAUCUUUACUGGACUUUUAAACAUGAAUUCACCCCUUAAAGGACAAUGGGGAGUGUUUGCGCUCCUGCUCUUAACGUUGUCUCUCGACUCCGCUGGGGGCCAGGAGACUGGUGAGGAGUGUUUGGCCAAAUUCAAGAGCGGUCGGGAGGAUUUCGUUCUCGAUGCCGACGAAUCGGUGAAUGCCGGAGCCACGUUCAUUUCGUCGCCCAAGAUGGAUCGAUACAAGGACUGCGUUGCGGAAUGCUGCAAAGAGCCCAGGUGCAAUGUCGCCUUAAUGGAGAGAAGAACCGAGGAGGGCAUGGUCAAGUCCUGCUUUCUCUUUGAUUGCCUGUACAAGAAGAAAUACGCCUGCCGCUUUGUGAGAAAGAAAGGAUACAUCAAUUAUAUCCUGGACUCUGUUUAUGAAAGUUAUCUUGAAGUGGAUGUCCCCCCAAACGAAUCGGACCGUCCACCAGUCGCCAACGGCGGCCAGGACCGGGUGGUCCAGCCUCAGGACAGUGUGACACUGAACGGCAUAGAGAGCAAAGAUGACCAAGGGAUUGCGUCCUUCCAGUGGCAAAUGCUCACUGGAUAUCCUUAUGCUGUCAUUGAAAAAACCUCCUUUGACGACCAGAUUAUCGUGUCCAAUCUGACAUCUGGGGUGUACAAGUUCCAGCUGACCGUCACUGACACCAUCGGACAAUCAGACUCAAUCAAGGUCACCGUCCUGGUCCUUACUCCGGAGCAGUCUGAGCACCACUGUAUGGCUCCGAAGAAGGUUGGGCCAUGCCGCGGUUCUUUCCCUCGAUGGCAUUACAACGCGGCCUCAGAGAAAUGUGAGGAGUUCAUGUUUGGAGGCUGCAGGGAGAAUCUCAACAACUACUUGUCCAAGGAUGAGUGCAGCAAAGCCUGCUAUGGCUCAGAGAAAAGUGCUAUAGCUGGUAGAGGUUUGCCAGUUCCCUCAUCUCAAGGAGAAAAAUGUGGUGUUCCUUGUACCACGGAGCAAUUCACCUGUGCAAACGGUUGCUGCUUGGAUCCGGGCCUGGAGUGUGACUCAUCCCCACAGUGCAGCGAUAGCUCAGAUGAGCAGAAUUGCGAGGACUUGAACAACAAGUUUCGGAUUCUGCUGCAGAUUCCACUGGAUGAGCAAAAAGUGCGCUGCACACAGCCUCCCGACACAGGAAGCUGCAGGGACAGUCUCACUAGGUGGUACUACAACCCCAUCGAAAAGGACUGCUUCCGCUUCAACUACGGUAGCUGCCGGGGAAAUGAGAACAGAUUUGACUCAAAGGAAAGCUGUCUGAAAGUUUGCCGUGGGGUAACAGAGAAGGACGUAUUUGCAAGAAGGGAGGCGUUUGAACGCCAAAUGUCUGACAACCAGACAGGUGUUAUCGCAAUAGCUGCCGUCAUGGGUGUAGCUAUUGUCAUCCUACUAGGCAUCCUGUUGUACUGCCUCUUCAAGGGAAAGAAAAAGACUUCACAACAUCACCGUGUGCCCAUCAACACCGUCCCGGUCACCUCCAUGGAGGACAGAGAGCGUCUGGUCUACAACAGCACCACCAAGCCCAUCUGACCCCUCAGCCCUCACCUUCUCCUGGUGGUGAAUGACGCCGGUUGCCGGCGCUCCGUCAUUUACUGAACAAACUCGGAUUGAUGACAGAGGAGGCAAUAUGUGUUGACUAAGUUGGAUGUGUUUUUUAUUUUGUGCAUAUAGCAGAAUGUCUCCAGUGAUGAAAUGUGAUGUUUUAAUGAUUUGACUUUUAGCUUGUAUUUAAUGCAGUGACCCUGUUAAGACCCAUUGGAUCAGGUUAAAUGUUCUAUCUUUAUGUACUUGCUUCGUGAUCUGAUAGUUGUCAGGGACUAGUUCUUUUUAAGAUAAAGUCAGUUUUAACGUCAGACCAGACCCUGAAUCGUCAGUAGGUCCAUGCUGGUCCGUUACUUCAAAGUAAGAGUGCAACUUCUUUUGUGGAUCUGUGAUAUCACAUGGUGAUCCCUUCAACUUACUGAGGUCCUGCCACGUCAGCUUCUUCACUCUGUCAGAUUUGUUUUUACCCUGUUUUAUACAUCAUUGUUACAUAUUACAUUGGAUUAUACACAGAUGCAUCAUGUUGUACAUAAUCUUAGAAUUUUGAAAAAGAAAUAUUUUACUUGAGAAGAUUAUUUUGUCUGAUUACUUUUUAGAACAAGCGUAAUGUAUACAUGAAAUAAUUCUUAUUGAUACCUUAUAAAGCCUUGCUGUUGAAUUUGAUUUAUAAGUUCAUCAAAUGUUUGUACAUAUGUCCUGAUAUAAUUCUCUGCAACUUUAGCAGUAUCAUGAUGUUUAUACUAAAUAAAAAUAUCAACUCAA